UCUAUGUGAAAGAUGAAAUUAUACUCAGAAUUUUAUAGAUGAAGUUAUGUUGCAUAAUUUAGUUUUAAAGUUCAGCUGAACUAAAGAGUUUUGUUCACAUAAUUUUCCUUUCUAAGUCUCUUAUUACAUAUUUUUGAAUGACCUUGAUUUCGGACAGACACAUUUGUCUAAGAAAUGAUCUGAUGAUGUUGAAUGUACUGCGCUUUUCACGAAUAUCUUCCUCGCUGACUAAUUGCCAUACUGUUUUGUUGAGACAGAAUAUUUUAUUCACGUGGAGAAAAUUAUCUACCUCGAGUAAUGACCGUGAUGCUACAGUUAGGCUGGACAAUAUUUUCAGUGAUUACAACAGAGAAAAAGUAGUUGCUAAAAUGAAGGAUGCCAAACCCCUAUAUAGACCAGAAAAGCUUAUGAAAAAGGGCAGGGAAGCAGCUGUUCUUGUACCGAUGUGUCACAUAGAAGGAGAACCAGCUUUAUUGUUCAUGAUGCGGUCAAGAUACUUAAAAAAUCACAGAGGUGAAAUAAGUUUUCCAGGAGGGAUGAAAGACCCUAGUGACAGAGAUCUCAUUCAUACAGCACUAAGAGAAACAUUUGAAGAGAUAGGUCUGCCUGAAGAUUGUGUUGAUGUCUGGGGAACUAUUCCACCAUCACCAUCUAGGGUACAACUUGGUAGAAAUAACGGUGGAUGGGUUACGCCAGUGCUGGGUUACUGUAACAAUAUCAAGAUAGAGCAGCUGAAUUUAAACCAUUCAGAGGUUGAGGAGGUUUUUGUUCGAAAGAUCUCGACACUGUGUGAUCCAGCCAAUCAGAGAAUGACUCAGUGGCGCUACUUAGAUACAAGAGGGUAUACCUUACCUGUUUUCCUCGGCGAAGAGCACAGGAUAUGGGGACUCACUGCAAUUUUUAUACAUCAAGUGUUAAAUCUUAUUGCACCAGGACUGUAUAAUUUUAAGCUAAAUCACAAAAGUUGAUGAACAUUUGCUUAUUUAGUAUGUUCAGCAGUAUUUUUAUACCUCCACAAAGUUUAAUUUUAUUGUUUGGUGCUAUACUGGAAUCACUUUCUCCCAACUGUCUACCCACUUUUCCACACUUCCAGCUGCCACAGAACAUUUAAAGCAUUUAGUAUCUACUGCAGUCCAUUUAAAAAAGUAUAUAUAGCAAAUUAAUUAAUACAAUGAUAGAUAUAUUAAGUCUGUCUUAAAUUGAAUAGUCUUUAAAAUGAUCCAGCAUGUUAGGCCACCACAGGUUGAAAAUGUAGGGUUCUAUAAGUUUGCCUGUUGUCUGUCCACAUGCAAUAUCUUUUGCAAAAUCUGGCUCCUAUAACUUCUUUCAUGCAUCCCCUAGACAUUUUUAGAAGGUACCAAAUUGUUUGGCAGGACCAAUACUUUCAAAAUAGGAAAUGUUCCCAUGAACUACCUAAUGUGGAGUAAAUUAUAUUAUUUGCCUUCCAAGUAACAAAAUACUAGGUUAGGAAAUACUGAGAGACUUUAAAACCAGAUUAAAACUGAUAACUAUGUUUAAAUAGAAUGUAAAACUACGGAAAUGCCAUUUUAACAAAAUCUUGUCAUUUUGUAACAUUUUCUUUAAUACUCAUGAAUAAGCAAAUUAGAUUAUCAACAUAGAAAUAUCACUAAUUAAAGGCCAACGUCUCGACUCCAUUUUGAUACAUUGUUUAUUUUUUAUCCACAGAACUGACCAAAAUAUGAUGAAUUAUUGUCUUUAUGGUUGUUGUUUCAAAACAUGAGCAGUUGCCAUGGAAACAGUGAAAUCAUAAAUAGUUCAAAAGAGCUUUUUCAUUGGAAAAUUUUCAAGGUGAGCUUUUGUGAUGGCCCUGAGUCCAUUGUCCGUCAUCUGUCCUUCGUCAACAAUUUGACUGUUAACACUCUAGAGUUCAGAAUUUUGGCCCAAAUUUUAAUAAAAAUUGGUCAGAAUGUUACCCUCAAUAAAAUCUUGGACGAGUUUGAUAUUGGGUCAUGUGGGGUCAAAAACUAGGUCACCAGGUCAAAUCAAAAGAAAAGCUUGUUAACACUCCAAAGGUCACAAUUUUGGUCCAGUCAUAAAUAAACUUGGUCAGAAUGUUACCCUCAGUAAAAUCUUGGAUUGAUUCGAUACUGGAUCAUCUGGGGUCAAAAACUAGGUCACCAGAUCAAACCUAAGGAAAAGCUUGUUAACACUCAAAUGAAGUUUGAAUAAAGUGAAACACCACUCUUUACAUCAUUUUGAUUCUGAAACGUAUGGUGGCUGAUUUAUGCCAUUUCCUUAUUUAGUUCUGUCGCAGUGACAGAAAGACAAAUGUCGUUAUGCCCCCCCCCCCCCCCCACCACUGAAUGUCACCACGCAGAAUGUCACCCAAUGAAUGUAAAUUUGGAAGGUAAAAAGACAACAUUUGCAGGGCAAAUAGAACGAAAUAACAAAAGGCAGAAGGUUGUGAGUUCGAUCCUCGGGCGGGGCGUAUGUUCUCCGUGACUAUUUGAUAAACAACAUAGUGUCUGAAAUCAUUAGUCCUCCACCUCUGAUUCAUGUGGGGAAGUUGGCAGUCACUUGCGGAGAACAGGUUUGUACUGGUGCAGAAUCCAGGAACACUGGUUAGGUUAACUGCCCACCGUUAUAUGACUGAAAUACUGUUGAAAAACGGUGUUAAACCCAAAACAAACAAACAAAAUGGCACAAAUCAGUCACCAUAGAAACGUCAUUAUAUGAAAUAAUAGAUCAAAUAUGGUAGCACUCUUUCUCAGUGUCUGUAUUAUGUUAAAUAAUAUGUCGGCAUGAUGACAAUAUUUCCAUGUUAUGAAAAUGAGAAUGUGUUGUUCGUUUUAGAAUAUAAUUUAUUAUAAAAUGUGGAAUGUCCAAGUCACAUAUUUUCAAAGGUACGAAAGGUUUUUCCCAUGGUAGAUAGAUAAAAAGAAAUAAUUAUAAUGUAGAAUGUGUACAUCAUUUUAUUUUGACAGUUUCUAUAUCUGUCAGUCAGUCAGUCAGUCAGUCAGUCACAAAAUGUAUGUCUAGCAAUAUAUUUUGAAAUUACAAACACCUUGUACACAAGGAGAAUAUGCACCAUACUUACUUGCCCAUUUACCUGCCCAUUCAUCUGUUUGUAUGUCUUUCUGUAUGUCUGUCCUUAUUCUUGCCUGUGUUUCUGUCCUUAGCCCUAUAACUUUAUAAGUACAUUUUAAGAGAUUUAUUUACGAAACAUGGUUUAUACAAUUGGAAAAUGUACAGAUAUGCAGGCCCUUUUGUUUCCGAUUAAAAUGGGACAAUAUCGGCAAUUUUCAGUAGUGAUGAAAUGGCAGCCAUUAAUUUUCAGGGCUUUGUGAGGAGACUCAAAAUUAAACAAAACGAAGAUAGUUUGAUGUCUGAACGAUAAAUGUUAUUAAGAUGAUUACAGUUCCAAAGGAAGGGGUAUGAAUCACCUUUAAUGAUAGCUAUACUAUAUAGCUUACCUCAAGAAGCUUGUCCCUUUGAUGAUCAAGUUGAUGGGAAAGCUAUUAGACCACAGUGUGGAACAUAAAUCGUCACCCUGGUGCAGGAACUCAAUAAGUGUAAUUAAAUAAAGAAGCACUUAUUGAGUUUUUGCACUGAGGUGACGAAAUGUUAUAAAUUAAUUUUAGUUGAAUUGUUGAAAAUUUAAUUAUUAACUUUUCUGUUAUUCAUACAAAUUGUUUGUUUACAUUCAAUGACAAUACAGUUACCAGUAGCGGUAUUUUUGUAGUUGUU